AUGUUACCCGACGAGAUCAUCGCCCAGCUCGCCGCGGAAUUCCAAUGCCGUGAUCAGCAGAUACACCACCUUGCAGCCCUCUAUAGCGCGCAUCUCCCAUCUCCACCCUUUCUGAACAUCCAUGGCCUUACCGGGACGGGCAAAUCCUCGAUAUUGCGCUCCUUCUUCCAUCUUUCUCGUAUACAACACACGAUCAUCAACGUUCGCGAAUGCAUAACUGCGCGGCAUCUCCUUGAGCGCAUCGUCGCAGCUAGUCUGGAUGCGCUGGAGGAGUUCAACGACGAGAAGAUUGAUAGGAGACCAUAUGCGCGUACGGAGAAUCUAAGCGCGCUAUGCGUCAAUAUGGAGAAGCUGUUGGCGGGCAGGGGGAAUUUUGUCUUGGUACUCGAUGCGGUAGACAAACUGAGAGAAGGGGGUGGAACGUUGAUUGCUGCGCUGGGAAGGCUGGGAGAGAUGAUACCAAACCUCUCCCUCAUCCUCACAACGACCCUCCCACUCACGCCCUCCGUCCUCCACUCAUCAUCAGCCUCCUUCCUCCACUUCCCAUCCUACGCCCGCAGUGAACUCCUCACAAUUCUCGGCGCCAACCCACCAAAGAUCUUCCUCGAACCGCCCUCCCUCGAUCAAUUCCCAGACUACACACCCGAUCUCGCAGCCGAAGACGACCAGUGGCUCUGGGGCCGCUUCAUCCAAGCCGUUUACGAUUCCCUGGCAAAGCACACCGGACGAGAUCUGAUCAGCUUCAAGAGCUGCGCAAUGCGCCUCUGGCGUCCGUUCGUCGAGCCCGUGGUAUCGGGACAAUUCGGCACGCGCGACUUCUCGCGCUUGAUGGUGAACAGACGACACUUGUUCCAGCUUGAAGACUCGGUCUUGGAUCGAAUCAUCUCAGAUACCGCUGAACCUGUGAAAGAAGUAGCACCAGCAAGCGCCACACCAGCGACGCCCAGCAAGAAGAAGCCAGCGAACAUGACGGCGCACACCCUUCCAUACUUCGCGACCCACAUCCUCCUGGCCGCGUACCUAGCUUCCUACAACCCCUCGCGUACCGACGUCACAUACUUCAUGAAGCACACCGACAAGCGGAAGAACAAGCGUCGCGCACCCAGUGCUGCAUCUUUCAGCGUCACGGGCAAGCGCACAGGAGCCAAGCAUCGGAAGAUCAGUCGGCAUCUGCUGACGCCCAGCCCGUUUACUCUAGACAGAUUGCUCGCGAUAUUCAGAGCGCUGCUCGAAGGCACCGUGCCCCAGGUAGCGGAUUUAUACACACAGAUAGCUACAUUGACGAGUAUGAGGUUACUCGUAAGAGCCGGAGGAGCAGGAAGCAACGACGCACUAGAAGGAGGCGGACGGUGGCGCGUAAACUUUGGCUGGGAAUACGCACGUGCGCUGGGCAGAAGCGUGAAUCUGGAAGUAGGCGAAUAUCUUGUUGGUGGUGUAGACUAG